AUGGAAGCUCAGCACAGCAACGAAGAUUUCGCGGUGGGAUGUGAAGACCCACUUGAUACCAAGAGAUGUUUUCUUGAUCUUAAUAGUCUCCAGGCCAAAGAAGAAGCUGCUGUUAGACAAGCUGAGUUGGAGGCUGAGAGGUUCGGCGUUGGAGUUACACCUGAGGCUCAGGGUAUUUUUGAUGCCUUGUCCAAAACGCUACCGGUGCGCUGGGAUAAGACUGUAAUAGUUGUGAUGAAUGAAGUCCGUGUCACUAGUCCGUAUCUUCCUGAAUCCGUCAUCGGAGGAACCCCAGCUGCCAAUGACCGGGUGCGAAAAGUGUUGCUGGAGCCUGGAGUUCAUGGUCCUUUGAGGGGAACUUGGUGGCCUUGCAUGUGGAUGCUUAUGGGACAGCGGCUGGGGCUGGAGUGGCGGUUUGACUAUCCAGUUUCUUUACUGUUGGUAUCAAACUUCUCCAGGGAAGAAAAGAGAAAGGGACUCAUGAAACAUGAUCACACCUUUGAAACUCUGAACACGGUUAAGAAAAUUACGGAAGAAACAGAGAGAAAAAUGGCAGGAGGUGGAGCAGCUCCCGCUCCUAAACAAGAUGAGCUUCAAUCACAUCCAGUGAAAGAUCAACUCCCCAAUGUUUCUUACUGCAUCACCAGCCCACCACCUUGGCCCGAGGCCAUUCUUCUUGGGUUUCAGCACUACCUUGUGAUGCUUGGCACAACUGUCCUUAUUCCUACGGCUUUGGUUCCUCAAAUGGGAGGAAGAAAUGAAGAGAAAGCAAAAGUGAUUCAGACGAUGCUCUUUGUUGCUGGUUUGAAUACACUGACUCAGACAUUGUUUGGGACGAGGUUACCUGCUGUGGUUGGAGGGUCUUAUACAUUUGUGCCUACCACACUUUCGGUUGUGUUGGCAGCGAGAUACAGUGACAUUGCAGAUCCUGUGGAGAGAUUUGAGAGGAUUAUGCGAGGAAUCCAGGGUGCUAUGAUUGUUGCAUCAACCCUUCAGAUAAUCAUUGGAUUUAGUGGCCUUUGGCGAAUUGUGACAAGGUUCCUGAGUCCAAUUUCUGUUAUCCCUCUGGUAGCUCUAUCUGGAUUUGGGCUGUAUGAAUUUGGUUUUCCUCUGCUCGCAAAAUGUGUGGAAAUUGGACUACCACAGCUCAUCAUUCUGGUUAUCUUCUCACAGUAUAUCCCAAACCUGAUGAAAGGAAAGAAAAAUAUCUUUGACCGGUUUUCUGUCCUCUUAUCACUGGUUAUUGUUUGGAUCUAUGCUCAUUUAUUAACUGUUGGAGGAGCUUAUAAGCACGCUGCCGAGAAGACUCAAUUAAGCUGCAGGACAGAUCGUGCUGGACUCAUCAGUGCUGCUCCUUGGAUUAGAGUUCCUUAUCCAUUUCAAUGGGGAGCUCCUACGUUCCAUGCUGGAGAAGGAUUUGCAAUGAUGGCUGCUUCCUUUGUUGCUCUUGUUGAGUCCACUGGUGCAUUCAUAGCUGUGGCAAGGUAUGCCAGUGCAACUCCUGUUCCUCCAUCAGUGCUAAGCCGUGGUGUCGGUUGGCAGGGUGUUGGCAUAUUGUUGGCUGGAAUUUUCGGAACAGGAAAUGGAUGCUCAGUUUCUGUGGAAAAUGCUGGGCUGCUGGCAUCGACUCAUGUUGGAAGCCGCAGGGUGGUGCAAAUAUCUGCUGGUUUCAUGAUAUUCUUUUCCAUAUUAGGAAAAUUUGGAGCUCUGUUUGCUUCAAUUCCAGCACCAAUAUUCGCAGCAUUUUAUUGUCUCUUCUUUGCCUAUGUUGGUUCAGCAGGACUCGGAUUUCUCCAAUUCUGCAAUUUGAACAUCUUUAAAACAAAAUUCAUAUUGGGAUUCUCUAUCUUCAUGGGCUUGUCUAUACCACAAUACUUCAAUGAGUACACUGCUGUCAAUGGUGUCGGUCCAGUUCAUAGCCGUGGGAAAUGGUUCAAUGACAUGAUCAAUGUCCCUUUCUCAUCUGAGGCAUUUGUCGCGGGGCUAUUGGCUAUCAUCCUGGACAACACUUUACAUAAGAAAGACAGUGCAACCAACAAGGAUAGGGGAAUGCCGUGGUGGGAAAAGUUCAAAUCCUUCAAAACCGACACCAGAAGUGAAGAGUUCUACUCCUUGCCUAUGAACCUCAACAAGUUCUUCCCAUCAGUUUAA